AAUAGGCUGGAGGAUGGGACGGAGGAAGCGGGGAGCGCUGGGGGAAAAGUGCUGCACUUUUGCAGCUGUAGACAGCGGACGGGAAGGGCUUAUUUUCUGCUGAAGCUGCGAAGCCGGUCCCGAUCUGAUCUUUCGUCUGGGGGGGCUCAGGAGGCGCGCGGUGCGAGCGGGGCCGACUUCCCAGGCACGCCGAGGGGAAGGGUACGGCGGGCCCGCGUGCCACACCUGGCGGGCCGCCCUCCCCUCAGCCGGCGGGCCGGGUUGUGCGGCCGCGCGGAGGAGUCCCUGGUCCCGCUAGGGGCGGGGCGAGACCACGCGCAGGGCCUGUGUGGGGAGGAGCGGAGACACGCGCGAGUGGGGGAGGCGGCGCAGCACCCCGCGGGCUCUAAAGGCAGCACCGGCAUCUGGCUAACGUUACCGGAGAGAAAAUGGCUUCUGGGGGGCCGCCGGCGGCCGGCCGGGGCGGGCGAGGCUGAACCCCGCUUCCCUAGUCCCCCCUCCCGCGUUGGGCGCGCCCACCUCAGGGCUCCCGUGGCCCCCGCCCUCCCGGGCGCGCCGGGCUGGGAGCUGAGGAGGUUGGCGCGAGCCGUGGGCGAGGCGGGGCUGCGCGCUGGGUCCCCCUCCCCCUCCCGCAGGUCCCCCUCCGGAGCGCCCCGCGCAGCCUGCAUCUCCUGCUCCCCGCCUCCGGCCCGGCCCGGGGCGCCGUGGCGGUGGGCUCGGCCUGCCGCGGACAAGGUCAGGAGACGGAGAGGCGAUGCCCGAGUGCGACUGGAGGGAGCCGAGCGGAGGCGACAGCGUCUGGGAUCUGUCCCUCCUGACCAGGGAGCGGGACUGGAGCAGGCGCCGGUGAGGAGGAGAAGCGGCGGCGGCAGCGGCGCGGUGUUCUCCUCUCCGGCCAGAUUUCCCCUCCGAAGCAUCCCUGUAGGCGCCCGAGAGCGCAUCCCGGCCGGGCAGGGGCGCUGGGAAAGAUGGAACCGGGGGGCCGGGCCCGCACUGGUCCCCCGCAGCCGGCGGCCCCGGGGCCGUGGAAAGCUCGGCCGGCGGGCGGCGGUGGCGGCGGCGCCUCCUUCUGGCUGCUGGACGGGAACAGCUGGCUGCUGUGCUAUGGCUUCCUCUACCUGGCGCUCUACGCGCAGGUGUCCCAGUCCAAGCUCUGCGAGAGGACCGGCUCCUGCUUCUCGGGCCGCUGUGUCAACUCCACCUGCCUCUGCGACCCGGGCUGGGUGGGGGACCAGUGCCAGCACUGCCAGGGCAGGUUCAAGUUAACAGAACCUUCUGGAUAUUUAACAGAUGGUCCAAUUAACUAUAAGUAUAAAACUAAAUGUACAUGGCUAAUUGAAGGCUAUCCAAAUGCAGUGUUAAGAUUAAGAUUCAAUCAUUUUGCUACAGAAUGUAGCUGGGAUCAUAUGUAUGUUUAUGAUGGAGAUUCAAUAUAUGCACCUUUAAUAGCUGUACUUAGUGGUUUGAUAGUCCCUGAAAUAAGGGGAAACGAAACUGUGCCUGAAGUUGUUACAACGUCUGGCUAUGCACUGUUACACUUUUUUAGUGAUGCUGCAUAUAAUCUAACUGGCUUCAACAUUUUUUACUCAAUCAAUUCUUGUCCUAACAAUUGCUCUGGUCAUGGGAAGUGUACAACUAGUGUCUCUGUUCCAAGUAGAGUAUAUUGUGAGUGUGAUAAAUACUGGAAGGGUGAAGCUUGUGACAUUCCUUACUGUAAAGCCAAUUGCGGCAGUCCAGAUCAUGGUUACUGUGACCUAACAGGUGAAAAGCUGUGCGUCUGCAAUGAUAGUUGGCAAGGUCCUGAUUGUUCUUUGAAUGUUCCUUCCACUGAGUCUUACUGGAUUCUGCCAAAUGUUAAACCCUUCAGUCCUUCUGUAGGUCGGGCUUCCCAUAAAGCUGUUUUACAUGGGAAAUUUAUGUGGGUGAUUGGUGGAUAUACUUUUAACUACAGUUCUUUUCAAAUGGUCCUGAAUUACAAUUUAGAAAGCAGUAUAUGGAAUGUAGGAACUGUAUCAAGGGGACCUCUCCAGAGAUAUGGGCAUUCUCUUGCUUUAUAUCAGGAAAACAUCUUUAUGUAUGGAGGCAGAAUUGAAACAAGUGAUGGCAAUGUCACAGAUGAAUUAUGGGUUUUUAACAUACAUAGUCAGUCAUGGAGUACAAAAACUCCUACUGUGCUUGGACAUGGUCAGCAGUAUGCUGUGGAGGGACAUUCAGCACAUAUUAUGGAGUUGGAUAGUAGAGAUGUUGUCAUGAUCAUAAUAUUUGGAUAUUCUGCAAUAUAUGGUUAUACAAGCAGCAUACAGGAAUACCAUAUCUCAUCAAACACUUGGCUUGUUCCGGAAACUAAAGGAGCUAUUGUUCAAGGUGGAUAUGGCCAUACCAGUGUGUAUGAUGAAAUAACAAAGUCCAUUUAUGUUCAUGGAGGCUAUAAAGCAUUACCAGGCAACAAAUAUGGAUUGGUAGAUGACCUUUAUAAGUAUGAAGUUAACACUAAGACUUGGACUAUUUUGAAAGAAAGUGGGUUUGCCAGAUACCUUCAUUCAGCUGUUCUUAUCAAUGGAGCUAUGCUUAUUUUUGGAGGAAAUACCCAUAAUGACACUUCCUUGAGUAACGGUGCAAAAUGUUUUUCUGCCGAUUUCCUGGCAUAUGACAUAGCUUGUGAUGAAUGGAAAAUAUUACCAAAACCAAACCUUCAUAGAGAUGUCAACAGAUUUGGACACUCUGCAGUUGUCAUUAAUGGGUCCAUGUAUAUAUUUGGAGGAUUUUCUAGUGUACUCCUUAAUGAUAUACUUGUAUACAAGCCUCCAAAUUGCAAGGCUUUCAGAGAUGAAGAACUUUGUAAAAAUGCUGGUCCAGGGAUAAAAUGUAUUUGGAAUAAAAAUCACUGUGAAUCUUGGGAGUCUGGGAAUACUAAUAAUAUUCUUAGAGCAAAGUGCCCUCUGAAAACAGCUGCUUCUGAUGACAGAUGUUACAGAUAUGCAGAUUGUGCCAGCUGUACUGCCAAUACAAAUGGGUGCCAGUGGUGCGAUGACAAGAAAUGCAUUUCAUCAAACAGUAACUGCAGUAUGUCUGUGAAAAACUAUACCAAAUGUCAUGUGAGAAAUGAGCAGAUUUGUAACAAACUUACCAGCUGUAAAAGCUGUUCACUAAACUUGAAUUGCCAGUGGGAUCAGAGACAACAGGAGUGCCAGGCUUUACCAGCUCAUCUUUGUGGAGAAGGAUGGAAUCAUAUCGGGGAUGCUUGUCUUAGAAUUAAUUCCAGUAGAGAAAACUAUGACAAUGCAAAACUUUAUUGCUAUAAUCUUAGUGGAAAUCUUGCUUCAUUAACAACCUCGAAAGAAGUAGAAUUUGUACUGGAUGAAAUACAGAAGUAUACGCAACAGAAAGUAUCACCUUGGGUAGGCUUACGCAAGAUCAAUAUAUCGUACUGGGGAUGGGAAGACAUGUCACCAUUUACAAACACAACACUACAGUGGCUUCCUGGUGAACCCAAUGAUUCUGGGUUCUGUGCGUAUCUAGAAAGGGCAGCCGUGGCAGGCUUAAAAGCUAAUCCUUGUACCUCUAUGGCAGAUGGUCUUGUCUGUGAAAAACCUGUUGUUAGUCCAAAUCAAAAUGCAAGGCCUUGCAAAAAGCCAUGCUCUUUAAGGACGUCGUGUUCCAACUGUACCAGCAACGGAAUGGAGUGUAUGUGGUGCAGCAGCACGAAGCGAUGCGUUGACUCGAAUGCCUACAUAAUCUCUUUUCCAUAUGGACAGUGUCUGGAGUGGCAGACUGCCACCUGCUCUCCUCAAAAUUGUUCUGGAUUGAGAACCUGUGGACAAUGUUUGGAGCAGCCUGGUUGUGGCUGGUGCAACGAUCCUAGUAAUACAGGAAGAGGACACUGCAUUGAAGGGUCUUCCCGGGGACCAAUGAAGCUUGUUGGAAUGCAAAAUAAUGAGAUGGUUCUUGACACCAGUGUUUGUCCUAAAGAGAAGAACUAUGAGUGGUCCUUUAUCCAGUGUCCAGCUUGCCAGUGUAAUGGACAUAGCACUUGCAUCAAUAAUAACGUGUGCGAACAGUGUAAAAAUCUUACCACAGGAAAGCAGUGUCAAGACUGCAUGCCAGGUUAUUAUGGAGAUCCUACCAACGGAGGACAGUGUACAGCUUGUACAUGCAGUGGACAUGCAAAUAUUUGUCAUAUGCACACAGGAAAAUGUUUCUGCACAACUAAAGGAAUAAAAGGUGAUCAAUGCCAAUUAUGUGACUCUGAAAAUCGCUAUGUUGGUAAUCCACUUAGAGGAACAUGUUAUUACAGCCUUUUGAUUGAUUAUCAGUUUACAUUCAGCUUAUUACAGGAAGAUGAUCGCCAUCAUACUGCCAUAAACUUCAUAGCAAACCCAGAACAGUCAAACAAAAAUUUGGAUAUUUCAAUUAAUGCAUCAAACAACUUUAAUCUCAACAUUACAUGGUCAGUUGGUUCAACAGCUGGAACCAUAUCUGGGGAGGAGACUCCUAUAGUUUCCAAGACUAAUAUAAAAGAAUACAGAGAUAGUUUUUCCUAUGAAAAAUUUAACUUUAGAAGCAAUCCAAACAUUACUUUCUAUGUGUAUGUCAGCAACUUUUCAUGGCCCAUUAAAAUACAGAUUGCAUUCUCACAACACAAUACAAUCAUGGAUCUUGUGCAGUUUUUUGUCACCUUCUUCAGUUGUUUUUUAUCCUUAUUACUGGUGGCCGCUGUGGUGUGGAAGAUCAAACAAACAUGUUGGGCUUCUCGACGGAGAGAGCAACUGCUUCGAGAACGACAGCAGAUGGCCAGCCGUCCCUUUGCUUCUGUUGAUGUAGCCCUGGAAGUGGGAGCUGAACAAACAGACUUUCUGCGAGGGUCAUUAGAGGGAGCACCCAAACCAAUAGCCAUUGAACCAUGUGCUGGGAACAGAGCGGCGGUUCUGACUGUGUUUCUCUGUCUACCACGAGGAUCAUCAGGUGCCCCUCCCCCAGGGCAGUCAGGCCUUGCAAUUGCCAGUGCCCUAAUAGAUAUUUCACAACAGAAGCCUUCAGAUAGUAAAGACAAGACUUCAGGAGUCCGAAAUCGAAAACACCACCUCUCAACACGUCAAGGAACGUGUGUCUGAGAAACAGAAACUGCUCCUGGAGGUUCUGUAAUGUUUGACUUUGUAAAUGGCUUCCAUUAAGGCUGGUCUGUGGCCUCGAUUUUUAUGGAGGCAAAUCUCUGUAUGGUCCCAAGGCCCAGAUACAGUUCCCUGCAAAUGGUCAAUGACCCAAGUGGCCAAAGAAUGUUCAUGAGUUUUAUCAAAGUAACAGUAUUGAUGGUCACAGGUGAUAAAGUUAGUUUUUAAGGCUAUCUUAGGCUUAUCACAGAUAACAUUACUCUGGAAAAACAUGUAUAUUGUUUCUUAAUGCAGAUGAAAAAUAUGUAAUUCGUAUAAACCAAACUGUUUAUAUCCCAAGACUUUAAAGAAAGACAUUUUAUAAUGCCUGAAUGAUGAGAAUUGUACAGUUUUUGCCUCAUAAGCAAACUUAAGUCACUUGUAUACAAACAGGAAAUGAACCAAUUGCAACGGCUUUAAAUGCUGUUUUAUCUCAUGUAAACGUAAAAGCAGGAUUUUGAUUUAGUAGGAUGUAAGCAGUGUAUUUAAAUAUUUCACAGGACCAUAUCAUGUCCGAACUCAGUUUUCAAAUGUGACUAUUUUCCACCCAACUGGAAUGCAGACCAAAACGAGUCCAUUUGGACGGAUGGUGUAUGCAACUUCACAGGAGAUUGAUUAGAAUUCUGAGUGAAGAGGACAUUGCUGUCGUCCAUGCCAACUGCCUAACUCAUUAUCAGGGCUGAUAGAGCAUGGAAAAGCCUGUCCAGCAAUCCAUUUUUGCCCUCCUUCCCAAACCAGCCUCCAGUAUCACAAAGCUAAAGAGAGCUGAAAUAGUUAUUUUACAGUGUGCAAGCUUCUGCUCUAAUAUGGUAAUUCUUUAAUUGCCUAGGAAUCAUUGGAUCAGACCUAAAUGUUCCAUCUGCAUUUUUAUAAGAACAGAUCAUGUUCUUUUGGCCUUCCUCUCCUAGCGGCUAGAUUUUAUCUGCUUUUUACAAACGUUAUGAAAAGUAUUUUAGAGACAGCACCUCCUCCAAGUCAUAAUAUGACCCAGGUUCCUUCCUGCCAACUAUUUCACUUAGAAUCCAAGUAGAGAAGAGCAUUUGCUGGCAAGCAUCUACAGUAUUCCUGUUUCUAACACAAGCGCAUCGGUGUCAUGAGAGAGUCUCCAGUUUAAGAAAUAAAAUAAGUUCAUUGUUGCCCACAUUUAGCAUAUGGUUAAUGAUUCAAAAAUCUGAAUUACGGCAGAAAGGAAAAAUGAUAGAAGACAGCUUUCACAUUGGAACAUAGAAUCAUUUGUGUACUAAUUUUGACAACAGUUCACUAGAACUCGGUAGAUUAACAGAUCUUGUUUGGAACUGCAGUUUCUUAACUUCAAGGGAACUACAGAAUAUGUGUAGAGAGCAGUGACAGAGAUAUCCAAAUCUGCUUUAUACAAUAUAGUUUUGUUCAAUAUGAAAGUCAUUUAACUAUAAUUGAUGUUUAGUACUAUCUAUGUACUUAUCACGUUCUUUGGAUUUCUGGAAGGUAAUGACACUUUACUGUUUACAGCUAAUGCAUAGUUACUUGCAUGCUAUGGUUGUGCAGUAGCAGAAUAUGACCCUGUUGUGAUAUUAAAUGUUUAUUUCACAAUGCCAUUUAAACAUAGCCAACUUAAUUUGAUGGGAACGAAUGUAAUAUAUAACAGGAAUGAUCAUACAAUAUGUAGUUGCAUCAUAUAUAAGAUUGCUAGGUUGCAUCUGACCAUGACUAUGUCAUUGUUUUGAUAAUUAGGCAUUUAUGAAUUAUAGUAUAUAUUCCUUAUGUUGGCAUGAUAAUUUUGCUAUUUUCCAUGCGUUAAAAAUAAGACUGAUUCUUAGAUCAAUUUAAUCUAUAGCCUAUGGGGUUUUUGGGGGGCUAGGGAGUAGAGCUGGUUGUUUUUACCCCCCCUAUGAUAUUUUCUCUCUCUCUCAAAAAGAAAAGAAAAUUGAGCGAAGUUAGUAAAUGUCUCCUGAAAACAAGCAAUUUUAUUAGCUUUUUGGGGGGGCGCUUUAAAUGUUGAUUUUUUUUCUCCUGGAAAAAUAAAUUGACAAAACUGGUGAAUACAAAAAUAUAAUCAUUUAAAAAUUAAAUGAUUGCCCAAUUUGUUUAAUACUCUGUAACAAUUGUCGUGAGAGAAAGCAUAUAUAACAAAAAUACGGAAACAUACAGAGUUGUACGUAAAAUCUAUUUCAGCUAUGCUUUUAGAGAGGCUAAGCAAAUAGAAUGACUGUGAAAGAAUUGUCAAGCCUCAUUCACCUCGAAUCCCAUCAGAUUCUUAAAAUUCAGAAAUUUGAAUUUCAGACAGUUAUGGGACAUAACGCAAUGUUAAGUUAAAGUCAUACUAAACCUUUCUUGGCCAAAUAUUGCUAACUCUGUGACUAAUUAUGCAAUAUCUUCUCGACUUUUCAAAGCUUUUUACUGGCAAUAAAACUCUUCACCCUCAGGUGAAGUGGAUUGAAAAGACCUUAGGGAUAAUCACUUUGAAUCUGUGUCAUGUUCUUUUUCUCCCCACACCCCAAACACUUUUAACUUGGAAGCUUCUUUUUUUUUUUUUUUUAAUCAAACCACAGGUAUAUGCAGAUAUUCUUCAAGAAGUUAGGCAUUAAAUGACUGAUUCUCUUGAAAACUCAUCUUAAUAGAAUUAUGUACAUUUCAGUUUAGAAUGAAUUUGAAAAAUUCUUUAGAUUUUAGGGUUUCUUAUUCUUCCAAAUAUGAAAAAUUUUGGUUAAGUAGAAUGGAGUUUUAAAAAUUAACCUGGGGACACUAUUUGGACAGUUAGAGAAUUCUCAUUGAAAAAAGAUGCACAUGCUUACAGAUCAAUUUAAUACAUUUUAAGAGGAUUGGGAUUUUCAUAAUUGCUUUUAAAUGAAAAUUUAUUUAGUGAUACACACAGAAGGAAAAUGUAUGCCAUAUACUACUGUGUUAUGUUCAAUAGGAAAACUUCAAGUAGAAUAUAUUUCAACCUGUAAUCGCUACUUGCAGUGCUUCUCAAUAUCUCAUUUUCUGAGUUCCAGUAAGACAGCAGUGACUACCUGGCUUUGUGUUGCUGCAGGGUCAUUUAGAGUGCAGACUGGCGGCUGGACCUGAGAACAGAUGUUGCAACCAGCUUUGAGCUGUGUGGUGCUGGCACGUUUUAACCUUUUGAAGCCUCAGACUUUCCAUCUGUGAGGGAAAGUACUGGUGCCCACCUUGCAGAGUUGUUGUGAGCCUAGAAGAUAAUAGACAUAAAGCUUCCACGACGGGCCCUCAGUGCAGCGUAGCUGGUAUUAACAAUCAUGGGGCCACCAGGCUGCUCUUUUCCUACCUGUUGUUUUAUGAAUUCAUCUAUUAAUUUUUCAUUCAUCUUUUCACCAUAGGUAAAAGCCAAGUAGGUGUUUGCAAAUGAAGAUUUCAUGAAAACUUAAGUUCCUAAAUUUCUAGGAUAUAGAGAUUUCUGAAAAACCACUUGGAUAUUUUGGUCAAUAGCAGCUCUAACUCUUUCAAAAUAUAUACAGUUUUAGUAAAACAUUUUUUAAAUCGCUGCUUGGUGACAUUUAGACAGAAACAUCAAUUGUCACUUUCUCGUCAAAAUUUGGCAAGAAGGAUCGAUCCUUACAUUUGGUUGUCAUACAUGAUACAUCUUUUUUUUCAUUGAACAUAAAAUUAUGAUUUGAAAAGUGUUUCGUGUAAAAAGUUGUAAAAAAUUAAAACUGAUCAAAUGAACUAAUGCUACCCGCAUAGACAAAAAAAAUACCAGCUUCCAAAGACCAUUUGCUAUUUUGCUAAGGUGAGUUUGGAACUUACUUGAUCAUAAGACUGCCUGGGUCAGUGCAGAUUCCUACCUCUGCCUCUGGAGAUUAAGAUACGGAAGGACUUGAUGAACCCUGAAGGUUCAUAUGCUUAAAAAGCGCCUCGGUGAUUCUUACGAUUAGGCAAAUUAAGGAGACAUUGCACUUGGCCAAAGAGCUGCCUUUAUUUACAGUUAGAAGAAUUUCUUUAAAUAACGAAAUUAUCGAAGUCAAAAUGCUUUAAAUAAUUUUCCAAGGAAUACAAGCCAUCUGGUUGGUGUUACAGCAGUGUUUUCAUUACAGUGUACAUUUAACAUUACAGUGUACAUUCAAAUUUUUUAAAUGAAUGAGAACCAUCUCAGUAUAUAUGUAUGUAGGUGUGCAUGCCAGUGUUACAACAGAUUGUGUGAAAGUUCAAACCUGCUUUAAAAAGCCAACAUUUUAUGAUAUAGUAUGCUGUUGAUCAGGAGUUUAAUUACUGAAAUAAAAACAUUGGAUCUUCCAACCCCCAUUGCCAAAUGCAGUUUUGUUAUAUAUAUUUUUUACCCUCUCAAGAUCAUCCAGGAAAAAGCAUUCAACUGCGGGAAAAGCCCAUCUGCCGUCUAAGACUUGUUUAUAAAAUUUGGUCAUUGAAUUCCACGUUCAAAAUCCAUUUUUCUCUCUUCACCUGAUUUUUCUUAGCCUUUUCUACAUGUUCUCUUUGAAUUACAUGCUGAACACUGACUGUUCCUGAGAAUGGAAGCAAAACUCACAAGAGCCUAAGUGACCAGGAUUCCAGCCAGAACUGAGGGUCUCUGCCCUGACCAUGUGUUUACAUAAGUCGUUCUUACUUACAAUGAAAGUCCUCUUUCUGAGACUGGUGCAGCCAUGGCACAGCUGAGGAGUUUUCUAAGAAAAGUCUGCUUGUUCUUUGGCAAGCUUUGGGUUUAGUCCCCACAUUGCCCUCUGGGUCCUGGCCUAUGUCCGUGCUACUGCUCUUCUGGGCCUCAGUCCAGUGUUCCCGAGGCAGAGCAGCCAGGAUGAUCCAAACACCUCUCUUCUCUCCAACCCCACAGGAGGACCAAGCACCCCCUGUGCUCAGGGCCUGACCUGAGGCCUAACCCUGAGGGGGGUCCUGCCUGUGCUCUGAGGGAUAAAAUAGCAGACCCCUCUGGGCAGCCCUACACCACACCUCCCAGAGGUCAGGCCAGGGAAGAGGACCACUCUGCCCUGAGAAACUUGCCCAGCCUGGCUAGCAUGCCCCAGAAGCGUUAGAAGAGGGAGAAGAGUUUUGGGGAGGAGCCCAGAUGAAGAUGUGUCUGAAGCAGGAAGAGCUCAGAGUCGAAUCCUGGAGCGCCUUUUCCUUACAACAGAAAGCAGCUUCUCCGAACAUCCGAGCCUGGCACAGGUUCCUCUUCAACUUCUUGAUGGUGGAUCAGUGGUUAUCAAGGGAUUUGAAGAUUUCAACUCAAAAUUUAUUUUUCUUGGCCCUGAAGAGGUUUCCUUAGAGAAGUCACCUGUGAGUGGCCGAAGUGAGGGGCCGGCGUUCUCUCAGGUCUAACCCACAGCCCUUUCUGAUAAACAUGCAACUCCCUCUCCAAUUUCCAGCAGACUCCCCUACUUGUUUAGCAUGAGGGGGCCUGGCACAGCCACAACAGCCAAUACAUUCUGUUGAGCUUUGCUCUCUCCAGCCAUUCAAGUGAAAACAGCAGGUAUUAUUUUGCUUUGUAAAUAUGAGACCACAUGGUAUUUUGCAUGAGCUUCGGAAACUGCACCUCCCUCCCCCAUUCUGACCUGUCUGCCUUCCAGGGCUCCCACCCUUUGUUGAGGAGAUAAUUCUGCCCUGUUCGAGGACUGGUUGUGGAGCAGCCCUAAGUGAACAAGAAACCGAACCCGUCAAAGACCCCUGCAGAAACACUGUAUUCUCCUCACCAUCAAAAGCUUCGACCACUUUUAUUUUGGGCAGAAGUGAAGUUUUCACUCAGGCAAGAUAGCUGUUUAAGCACAAGCCUCUUUACACCAGCUGUGUGCGUGGUCAGGUAGGAGAUCCUACUCUAGAAAAUCCACCUAAGAAAAUGGCAUUAGUGAGCAAAUUCUUCUAACAGUUCUUUGUGCCUCUGUCGCACCUGUUGCUGAAAGAUAUCUUAAAUGGUGUGCUUUUCAGUUAUGUAUAAGUUAUCUUGGAAUAGUCCUGUGUGGGACACACUUGAGUUUUAAUGUGAACUCAAAUGCCAACUUUUUUUAAUGACUUGGACCAGUUGUCUAAACUAUUUCUAAGUAACCUGGGAUAAAAAUGCUCACCUACCUUACUUAGGUGUUGUGAUGGGCUUAUGUUGUUGAAAUAGGAAGUAGAUUAGAGUUAAAUGUUUUAUCCUUACACCAUGAAAAGAUUUAAGGUUAAAUUCAGGGAAUCACCGAGCAACGAUUCUUCUCUUGGUUAUUUUUGGUAACACUAAAGGGCAUAUAUGUGCCAAAGUUCCCAAAUAAUAAAAUUGCAAUAGAAACCACUGAUAUAUGUUACCUGGUAAUUCAGAGUUGUGCUUUUCAGGAUUUUUACACUGUCUAUUACAUUCUGCAAAUAUUACCUUCCUCAACCUUAAAUGGUAAUUUUACAGCAAAUACCACCAGAUUGUUUUAGAUUUUCUUUCCCAUCAUCACACAUCUUUCCUGACCCUUCAUUGAUUAGUCAGCUUAUUUCCCCCAGCAGCAGACUAGUGCUCUCAAACCACUAUCAAUGCUUUAAACAUAAGUAACAUAAAAUAGGUCUUGCACAUCUUUGUUCCCUUGUGACAACGCACAUUGGCAGCAGUAAUCUUUUCCUUUAGAUCUAGCUUGUUUGAAAUACGAUGGUACUUAAAAGGAAGGCCAGCUGGAAGGACACCAAUAAAAAUACCAGCUCAGCUUAAAACAAUUUGAUUUCAACCCAAAAUGAAUUACCUUGCAACACAAAUAGAUAAUGGCAAAUGGGAUAUUCUACUUAUCAGGACUAUUCCCUGCUGAGAGUUAGAACUCCAGGUUCAUUUGAAGCUCAUUGUCCUGGGAGUAUAAAAAAAUAUGGUCUCCUGAACAUUUAUGUGCAGAUGAACUAGUUGGAAGAGGAAACAAAGACUGAAUAUACAACAUCCACUCCUUGCUGAUUUCUGAAGUGACAGCUCCAGUUUGACCUUCCAAUGCAGAAAUUCAAGAUGUUGGCUGUUAAAGGAAACAACUUUUCUGUAAGGGAAAAAUACCAAAUAGCAUCAUUUUGUUUCUCAGGAAGCAGUUGUCCAUGAUGAGCUUUACAAACUAGAAGUUUGUAAGGAUAUGUAACGAUGUUUCGUCUGUGUUUUUAUACAUAAUAUGCAGUGUUUUAGUGACAAGAAUUUCCUUUUCUAAACCAUACUUAGAAGAUGGUUAUGUGGUAGACUUUUCAGUAGUACUUCUUACUUUGACAGCACAUAUGAACCUCAUGGGUUUUGCACAUUAGUGAAUUGAGAAUUACUUUGUCCUAAAGUCGAAUGGCCAAAAAAGAAUAUACCUUCAUGGGAAUCCCUUGAGAAAAAAAAUAACAAUUUUUCUACUGUUCCAGUAUGUCAUAAGAUUCUUAUAUCCUUUCACACUUCAUAAAUGCAAUUAAUUAUCUCUCUCUCUCUCUCUCUCUCUCUGGUGCAAAUUACUUUGUGUACAUAUUCUUGAUGUAGUCUUGAUAAUUGCCCUUGCAGUGUAAUCUCUAAGAGAUUAUUUACAAUAUUUGCAAAGAUUAUGGCAAUGUCAAAUAUAUCAUCUUGGUGAAAUAGAAAACAAAGAAUAAUAAUUAGUCAUUUCUACAAAGUUUGGAAUUUACUAUGACUGUUGGUAUAAAGUUUAAUUCCACUUAUAAAACAAGUCACUUCGUGUCACUAAAAUUAAAGCAAAUUUCCAGAAUCGUGUCUUAACCACGUUAAUAUCAAUUCGAAAUGGAAGCAUUGUUUGGCUGUCUUGUGCUUGAUAUUAUAUGAACCAGUCUGUAAACUAUACAUGAACCAAAAAUAUCCAAGGAAGCAGAGGUGGUUGAAUCAAUUCCAUCAAUUUUUUCAAAGGCUGUUGACUCAUGAUCUAGUGGUUAAAAUGGAGACCCGGGAAAAGCAGAAUAAAACCAAGAUUCUAUCCUCAGCUGAAUGACAAGUCUCACACACCAUGCUUCCUUCCUUCCAGGGUGCUUAUGAGAAAUAGAGAGUUUUCAGAACCUCAGAUCCAGUCCCAUAUGACUGUUGUUAUCAGAAGGCUGUCCAGAUGGCACUGUGUGUAAGCCUUUGGUAAUAUUCUUUACAUUGUCAUAACACCUACAACAAUUUGAUUUCCUAAUGCUUUUCCCAUGGGUUAGUAUUCAGUGUUUUCUAGGUUUUGAAGGUAGGGGGAUGCAUCGUAUCUCACUGGCCUACAGAAGCUCUUGUAACUAUUAUAUUGAUACAUAAAGGAAUAAAUGACAGGUGCAGCAUCAUGAUUUGACUUUCUAUUUGUAAGCUGGAUUUGAUGAAUUUUGACCCUGGUGCUUUCUGUUCCACUGUUAAGUGACAAAGUUACUCAUCUGUACAUAAGCAUCUGAAAUUUUAGCAGCAGCUACAAGAAAUGAGUCCACAGCACAGAGCAGGAGGUCCCUCUGGAACCUGAGAUUAUUUGUUCUCUCACUGUUCUAAAGGUUUUGAUCGUCUCAUUUUGAUGUCCUCAAAUCAAGAUCACUUUGCAGGAAUGUCAAUCACGUGAAAUGAGAGAGCCAAUCAGCAUAAUCCUGUCUCAACCAGCCCAGGUGCCCCAAAUCCAGAUCGGAGGACCACCCCUCACGUCACCACCAUCACCUGCCUGGUCCGAGCCGCCACCCCCCGCCACCACCUCACCAGGCCCUGCCCCAUCCUCCAUGCUCCAUCCAGGGUAAGCCUUUUAAUGCAUAAGUCACAUCAUGUCACUCAUCAAACCCUCCGAUGGCCACCAGCCAACUUAAAAUCUAACGUGCUUGCUGGGAUUUAGGGCUGCAGCUCUAAUGUCCUCUUUCACUCUCCAGCCAACUGUUCCUGAAACCCUCCCUGCUGCACAGGCCUCAGGCCCCUGCACUAUGUCCCUUGGUCUGGAACCUUCUCCCCUAGACAUUCACAUGCCCCACUUCCCUCGUUCACUCUCUGCUCAAAUGUCACCUCCCCUACCUUCCGUGACCACCCAUCUAAAAUGCAUCCCCUUAGCUCACUCUUUCUCUCCCCUAGCCUGAUUUAUUUUUCUUCAUAAUAGUUAUAACUUCCCAUUAUAUUUUUUCCAUUUUUCUGAUAUAAUCUAUAUACAGUAAAAUUCACCCCCUUUUUUAAUGCACAGUUCUCUGAACAUUGACAAAAAACGUACAGCCCUUUAAUCAUCACCACCAUCAAGAUAUACAGCAGCUCCUUCACUCCCCAAAUUCACUCGCUCCCCCUUUGAGUCAAGCCCUUCACACCUGGUCCUCAGCAAUCUGUUUUCUGUCCUUACAGUUUUGCCUUUUGCAGAGCAUCACCUAAAGGAUGGAGUCAUACAGUACGUGGUGUUUUGCGCCUGUCUGCCUUCCUUCGUGUAAUGCGUGUGGGGUUCAUUCACGAUGUUGGACGUGGUGGUUCUUUCCUUUUUGUUGCUGUGUAGUAUUCCAUUGUGUGGGCGACCAGAGGCUGUUUAUCUAUUCCCUACUGAGGAUAUGUGAGUCGCUUUCAGUUUUGAGGGGACAUGAUUACAGCUGCUACAGCAACUUGUGAUCAAGUUCUUGUGAAGACAUAAGGUCUCAUUUUUUUCUUGAGUAAAUACCUAGGAGUUGAGUUGCUGGGCCAUAUGGUAACUGUAUGUUUAACUUUACAAGAAUCUGGCAAUCCUUUGCCAGAGUGGCUGUACCGUCUUACAUUUCCACCAGCAAGAGACGGCAGCUGCAGUUGGUCUGCAUCCUCACCAGCACUUGGUGGUGUUGGUUUUUUGGUUUGUUUUUUGUUUCACCGUUCUAACCAGUAUACAGUGGUAUCUCGUCAUGGUCCCGUCAUUACGUAUUGAUUUGUGAGAGACUAAAUAUACAAAUGGACAGUGGCUAGACCACAUAUGGCAAUAAACUGUAACCCACCACUUCUGCAGCAGCCAGCCCAGAAUGGUCCAGACUGAGUCAGACAGUGCCAGCUCCCUCUAAUUUUUGCCUCUCCGCCUCCAACUCAGGACCUACCCAAGAGAGACAAAUAUGUUCCCCUAACGAAGCACAUAGGACGCCCUAUUAGCCCCUCUCUAGCUUCCUGAGGCCAGCGACCUCCAGCCAGGGCACACCUGAAGUCUUUCCCCUAUGUCCACCUUAAAGGCAUCCCAGUUCCCUGCCUGCCUUUGACUCUGCCUAACACGAGUGACAGUGGCUGACUCCCUGCUCUAGGAAGCUCUGAAUAUAACCUCUGCUUGUUCUCCUUUGAGUGGUCUUCCUUUAUCUUCCAAGUCUGUGUAUUCACUGUCUUCUUCCAUCAGGAGAGGGUAUCUGUGCCCCUCUGGAUCCUCACUGCCUGGAACAGUGUCUGGCAUUCUAAUAGAUGCUCCAAAAACCCUGUUGAUGGACUUCAGGAAACUCCAGGCUUCAGUUUGAGCCCUUGGCUUAUUUCCUUCGAAUGCGGGCAGAAACUGUAGCCCAGGAAGUUGCCGGAGCAGUGAGGCCUGGGGCUCUAGCAGGUCCCUUGGCCUCUGCUAGGGUUGGGGUGGGCCCAGCUCUUCUCCUUCUCCAGACCCACCCCGUCUGCUGGUUGGCAGCUUCCCGCCCCAUCUGGGCAGCCCCCCUCUGCUUCCACGGGGAGAGGUAGAGGGUUUGGGCCAGCACAGGAGUGCAGCGAGAAGGCCUUCCAGUUCUUUCUAAGGAUCUUGUCUGCUGUGGAAGAAUGCUGAGAAGCCCCGGGAAAGGAAGCCUACAGAAGGCUCUGUCGGAGGCAGCCAGAAUCUUCUCUGCUUUUGGAAACUGCCUCGUGGGAAGGGAGGCCUGUUAGACUAAACAUCUCGUUGCCCCAAAUUGCACCAAUUUUGGAAACGCUCCCCAAGCUGUGUCUCUCCCUGGAAAAAGGGAUUUAUAAACCCUUAGUGUGAAGCAGCUCUGCAUGCAUCUCAGCUCAAGGGCUUUCAAAAGGCCCUUCUAGAAGUCAACUUCAGAAACUGGACUUGCAGUAGCAAAAACAGCAGAUGCCCUAGACCCAGGUACGGUGUGCCUCGGCCCUGUCUCCAUGGGUCCCACCUCAGGAAGGCUGAUGGGGGGAUGGGAUUAGCGCUCCAGGGGGCCCUCAGAGCCCUGGAGGCACCCACACUAAAUCAAACAAUAAAAACAGCAGAAUACAAUUUUCAAUGACUGCAUCUCCAUAUGUGAGGAUUUUUAAUAUUUUUUGUCGCUAUGGUGUCAAAUUUAUUUUCUUAAAUAUGUCUAAUUGUUCCUUAAUCAGCAGUUAUUUAAAACACCUCGGCUUCAUCUCAGAUUAAGUAUUUAAUGAUCUGCAAAGGAAGAUUUGAAGAUGCUACUUAACAGAGCUCUUAUCCUUUUGCAAUGUGAUCCAUUUCACCUGCUAUCUGUAAGAAAACCAGCUGCUUGGUGCUGUUGUUAAGAAUGAGUUAUAGGUGACGCAGGGAGAGAGGGGGCGACUCCAUCCCCACCCUGAGCCUCGUCCCCAUAAGAUGCCUCAGCUUGAGGAAUCCUGAGCUGCUGAGGGAUGCCUCUGGCUGGGGCUGUGGAUAUGGGCUCUGGACUCCUUAGCGGUGGGUGAGGCAGCCAAUCUUCGCAUUUGUGCUGUUGGCAACCACAGGGAGACUGAUGGAGUCUGGGUUCCACAGCUCUGGCAGCGCUCAACAAACAGGAGCAUUCAUUACUACACACAGCAACACAGAUAGUUCAGACACACAAAAACAGGUUGACGUUUGGGAAGCACUGGGCAGAAUUGUGAUGUUUGAAGCAACUACACCUACUGCCUAAGAUGCUUGGUUGUGUCUGGGGAGAGAGAGUUUUGUAUGAGAUUUGUUUCAUUUCUGUUGGGUUAGUUUGCUAUGUCUUACCUGGCAUUUCUGUGUAGGGCACACUCCAGGUUUAUUUCCGGGGGAGAGAUCAGAGCCAUCAAAUUACUGACAACGAAUGAAUGGACGGAUGAAUUGAUGGGCACUGAAUUGCUGGAAGACCCAGGUGCUGGGCCAAGGGACUUUACAUUUUCUCUUUUCAUCUGCCCAUCUUAACAGACCAGGAAGCAGACUCCCUCAGUAUCACUGAGAGGCAAACAUGGAGUCUGAUCCCAGCUGCAGGGGCUCUUGGGGACGUGAGCCCCCGGGCUUGGGUAGAAGCAGCGACUUCAGUGAUCACGAGCCUCGGUGAUACUCGCCCUCCCCUUGUCCUGAUCUGGGGAAAGGAGCCGUCGCACAGCUGGGGUGCUGCAGUGGGGAGGGGGAGAGGUGCCUGCAGAGGAAGGGACCCCACACCAUCUUUCCCUCUGUCUGAGUUUUUCCCCCUGAAGCUUCCAAGUGAUAUUCUGAUCCCUGACACCCUCCAUCUCCUGCAUCGGUAAUGACCCGCCUCCCGGGCCCUCCGCUGCUUCUCUUCUGUUUCCCUGACCCAGCACUUUUUCCUCAGUGCAUUAUUUUCCCCCAGAUUUUCAGAUUCCCUGUGGACGAUAAUCAGACAGCAAGCUGCACACGCUUGGCAAUUUUGGGUUUUAAUAAAAAAUCAUGUUUAUUCCUGUGAAGACUUUCUUUUUCUCCAUGAAUUCUCCUAACAAAUGCAGUUUUUGCUCGACUCGGGCUUUUUCUUUUUCUUUUUAUUUUUUUAACAUCUUUAGUGGAGUAUAAUUGCUUUACGAUCGUGUGUUAGUUUCUGCUGUAUGACAAAGUGAAUCAGCUAUACAUAUACAUAUGUCCCCAUAUCUCCUCCCUCUUGCGUCUCCCUCCCUCCCACCCUCCCUAUCCCACCCCUCUAGGUGAGGGGGCUUUUUCUUGAGUUGGG